AUGCCAAGCAGAUAUAGUAGAAUUUUGCUAGCGAUUGCCCUCUAUGUUCUCCUAAGAAUUAAUCUUGUAGCUUUCAGAGUACUUAGUAUACCUCAAUACCAUAACUUUACCCUUAUGGUAAACAUACAUUGCGGUGUAGAAACCUUGAAUAAUGGGAGUAGCUACGUUAUAAGUCUCUCCAUAGUUGUGUCCAAGAUAAGGGGGAACGAAGGGUGUCCGCGUGCAAGUAGGAUAUCUACUACUAUUUUCCCUGAUACGGUAAUCUCACAUGUGACGUUAGUCGGCUUAGUUCGAUUCGUAUGGAUGAUGACCCGUGAAACGUGCAGCUUCGGAGGGGACACAACGCCUGCCCCGCAUGUAAGAAGUAACUACGGGGCCAUGGAAGCACAAAAUGCAACAGGCCAGAUUGGACAGACAAUUGGACUUGUGAUACUCCGUAAACGUCUAAAAGGACUUGACCUUGAGGGGAGAGAAUGGACGAUCCUUUUUUGCUCUGUUGAUACUACCAAAAAGGGGGACGACCCCUGGAACGAGUGGGUGGGAAUCCCCAUCCGUCAUCGAGUUUAG